UCGAGCCGUAAAGAUCGGAAAAUAGAGAAAAGAAAACCGGAGUGAACAAGUGUGUUGGAAAAGCCCUUAGAGAAAGAUAUUUAAAAUAUUCAAAAAAUGCUGAAUAUGGAAAGUGCGGGUGUGGGAGCUGCUAUGGCCGGUCUGAGCAAAUCGCUCACAACGCCCUUCUCCAUCAACGACAUCCUAACGCGCAGCAAUCCGGAAACGCGUCGUAUGUCCAGCGUGGACUCCGAACCCGAACCGGAAAAGUUUAAGCCCUCCGAACGCGAGAGAUCGGUCUCAAAGUCUCCGCCACCACUCUGCUGCCGAGAUCUCAGUCUUUACAAACUGGCCCAGGCCAAGGAGAUGCAGCCCAGUCCCAGGCCAAGCCCCAACUAUCUGCAGUAUUAUGCGGCGGCAAUGGACAAUAAUAACCAUCAUCACCAGGCAACAGCCACAUCGAACUCCAGUGCCGCGGACUAUAUGCAGCGUAAAUUGGCCUAUUUUGGAUCCACCCUCGCCGCUCCUUUGGACAUGAGACGCUGCACCAGCAACGAUUCCGAUUGCGAUUCACCGCCGCCAUUGAGCAGUUCGCCCUCCGAAUCACCACUCUCCCAUGACGGCAGUGGUCUGAGCCGCAAGAAGCGGUCGCGUGCCGCUUUUAGCCAUGCCCAGGUCUUUGAAUUGGAACGUCGCUUUGCCCAACAAAGGUAUUUAUCCGGUCCGGAGCGCAGCGAGAUGGCCAAGAGUUUGCGACUGACGGAGACCCAGGUGAAGAUCUGGUUCCAGAACCGUCGCUACAAGACCAAACGCAAGCAGAUCCAGCAGCACGAGGCGGCUCUUCUGGGUGCCAGCAAGAGGGUUCCCGUCCAGGUCUUGGUGCGGGAGGAUGGCAGCACUACCUAUGCUCACAUGGCUGCUCCCGGCGCCGGUCACGGUCUGGACCCUGCCCUGAUCAACAUCUAUCGCCAUCAGCUGCAGUUGGCCUACGGAGGUCUUCCGCUGCCCCAAAUGCAGAUGCCGUUUCCGUAUUUCUACCCGCAACACAAGGUGCCGCAACCCAUUCCGCCCCCCUCUCAGUCCUCCAGUUUUGUGAACGCAUCUUCGGCAUCCUCCUCACCAGUUCCCAUCCCGGGAGCAGUGCGUCCUCAGCGUACACCUUGUCCCAGUCCCAAUAACCAGAUUAUGAGCGUGGAGAGCGGAGCCGAGAGCAUUCAUUCGGCAGCGGAAGAGGGCGAUGAGAAUGUGGAAAUCGACUAGAUUGGAGGAGGCACUAUCCCGGUGGAGAAGAGGGAUUACGUUUUUGUGAUAGCCGUAGAAAUUGUGUUUUAGUCUCUAUGUGUAACCAAUAGAUGUCCCAUAGCUUUAGUAGCCUUAAGUUUUAGUUGUAUCUACCCGAGAG